UUUUUUGUCUUUAAGGCUUUAAAUGUGAUCCGGCAGUCAUGUCGAUUCUUGUGUUAACCUUGUGAAUGUGAUCGUCCUUGCGCGAUCUGGACUUACGCCAGAGGUCUCGUUGACCUCCGUGUCUGUGAUUCGGUGUCGUACCUCUUCCGUGCGUGCUUUUUUCUUUGUGGCCACAUCGGGAAGCCACCAAAAUGAUUUUAUUGGAAAUCCACAACCGGAUUGUCCUCGACACGCUCACAAACAAGUUUCAGCAAGCGUUAGCUGGGAAUAAGUUUGAGGCAACGGAUGUUAAAGUUGCAGAUUUUGAUGGAGUGCUCUUCCAUAUCUCUACCUUGGACGGUGACAAGAGCCAACUUCGAUUAAGCAUUUCGCUUAAGUUUUAUAAAGACCUCCAGGAACACGGGGCCGAUGAUUUGCUUCGACGAGAGUAUCAAAAGUACCUUGCUGAACCUGAAGAAGGAUACAACGUAUCAUUGGUAUACGACUUGAAAAGCGUUCCGAGUGAUUGGGAAGAAGUCGUGAAGAAGGCUUCAUUGCUCAAGCGGAAUUGCUUUGCCUCGGUGUUCGAAAAAUACUUCGAGUUUCAGGAGAAAGGGCUUGAAGAAAAUAAACGUGCUGUAAUUCAUUACAGGGAUGAAGAGACGCUGUAUGUUGAAGCCAAAGCCGACCGUGUGACCGUUGUUUUUAGUACGAUCUUUAAACACGAAGAUGACGUAGUUAUAGGCAAGGUUUUCAUGCAAGAAUUCAAGGAAGGUCGUAGAGCUUCUCAUACAGCGCCACAAGUACUCUUUUCCCAUCGAGAACCUCCCUUGGAACUUCAAAAUACUGAUGCCAAAACUGGGGACAAUAUAGGAUACAUUACUUUUGUUUUGUUCCCGAGGCACACUUGCAAGGCGUCUCGAGACAACACGAUCAACCUGAUACACAUGUUCAGAGAUUACCUGCAUUAUCACAUCAAGUGCUCUAAGGCUUUCAUUCAUUCCCGGAUGAGGGCAAAGACGACGGAUUUUUUGAAAAUUUUGAACCGAGCUCGGCCCGAAUCAAAAGUUGUCGAAAAGAAAACUAUGUCGGGCCGAACAUUUGUGCCAACUAUCUGAAAGCAUUGUUGGGUAACCACCAAAAUCCAUUCCUGGAUCCUUUUUGUUGAGGAAUUGGUGGCCCGUGAUCAAUUCAAACUAUGUUCGUCGUUGCUUUCGACUUAUUGUUCCGUUUCAUUUGUUCUCGUCGGAAAUUUGUGAAGGAGUCAUCGUCGUUGAUUUUUUUCUGAAGUACUUUCAUUUGAAUAUUGCGGGGUUUUGUCUCCCAUUUUAGUUCAGCUUUUAAGCAGUCAGCGUGUUUAUAAUCAAACAACGCUUGUUGCGAUACAACAUUGUUUCUAGUGGUAUUCGUCGCAGUUCAAGUAAUAAGGUGUCUCAAAUAACCAUAAUAGCAGUUUUUAUAUUUUUCGAAGUUUCUCAAUCACAGUAGUACCGUGUUGGGAUCGUAUACUGAUUGUUUCGUUCCGACCUAAACCGGCUGUCGAGAAAAGCAAGAUUUUCUGAAUAAUGUACGUGAUUUCUCGGACCUAUGCUUUUACGAUGGGCCUCAGUGUCUACGGAUAAAAUACCUCCUCCAUUUUCUGUAAUGCCAUGAUUCUUCGUUAAUGGGUCAGUGGAUUCUUCGGGUCUAAUAUUAAUUGUAGACGAACGGCAUCGGAGUGAUGCGGAAACGUCGUUGCGUAGAAAGAAAAUUUAUUCGUAUUCAUACUACGUGAUUUUUGUGUCCUUCGUUCCUUAAAGAAAUGUUUUGUUGUUCAGCUAAUCAUUGCUUCACGAAUGGUCGUACGUCAGUAGUUGAAAGUAUCGCUUUUAUUUUUAUUGUCUUGUUUGAAACACUCGAAUGCGUAACUCAACUUCCAGAAGUACUUCGACGUCUGGUUUCGUGAGUGGAGCAGUUUUCUUUUUUCUCGAGCGAUCCUGGCUGCGUUUAUUUGUUGCUGCUUGAUUUUGGUCGGUUAUUUUUUUUUCAAGCACUGUAAUUGCGUGCGUCUUCUUUUAUCUUGUUUGGAGUGAGAGAAGCCAGGAUGCUUCGGGGCUAAGCUGUGGGAAGUAAUAAAUUACGAAACAAAUUUUUCAAUUCUUU